CGUGCAGGGACACAUUUAGACCGUUAACUCGGAGACCGAGUGAGAACGACUGUUAGCUACCGAGAGACAGGCCUAGCUGAAUAAACAUGAGCAAACAAGGCGGUGGAGAUUUGCCGGAGCCCAAAAUAGAACAGCUCAUGGUCAAGCUGAGGAUGCUUCAACAAGAGAAGAGACAACUUGAGGAGGAAGUCAAAGGUGUCCAGUCUGUGCAAGACAAUUUGCAAAAAGAGCUUGCAGAUUUACAAACUGAAGCUAAUGAACUGGAAGGAAUCCAUAAAGAUAAGAAAGAUACAUCCAGCAAGCUACAGUUGCAAUGUGAAGACUCUGAGCAGGACUUGAACAGGCAGUUGAAGCAGAACAAGAUGAGUGAGGAAUUGCUGGAACAAUACAAAUAUAAAAUCGAGGAAGUGAAGCUGAAUCACAGGAAAUUGCGAAUGAGAUUUGAAAACCAACUUAUGCAACUGAUAGAGCAGCACAAGCAACUCGACUAUGUCUUUAAUCCAAAGAGACUCCCAGAUGAGUUGAAGAAAGCUGAAGACAUAAAACAUCAGCUGUCAUCAGCUGAACAAGUGAAGUUGGCUCAGCUGCACAAACUGGACGAAGAGUUAGAGACGAAGAAACAGAAGCAGCUUGAGACUGAAGACGCGCAGAUUGAUGAGUAAACCUAGUUUUGGGGAUUUAGAGUGA